UCAUCAAUUUAAAAAAAAAGUUUUCUCAGGUGGAAGGAAAUACGGAAUGAUUUUUUUAAAUUAGAAAAAAAUUCUAAUCACAGGUUUAUCUUAAAAAAUACUAACAAAGAUGGCCAUUAAUAAAUUCUUAAAUUACACAACAAUCCUCGUAGGAUUACUUUUCAUUCACCACACCUGUGGUUUGUAUGAAGACCAGAUAAAAAAAUUCGAUUGGAGAAAUCAACACAUAGGAAGUAUUAUUUCAGCUUACCUUGAUUUGGGUUCAUCGAGUAAUCGUUUGCUUGUAACAACAUCGGAAAAUGUUUUCGCAUCACUCUGUCCCAAAACUGGCGAUAUUCAGUGGCGACAAAUUCUCGAAAAAUCUCCACGUGGUGAUAUUCAAUUCAGUUAUAACUUUAAUGAACAAUCAAUUGGCACAGCCGCGGCCCGACGUAAUUCCAACCACGGUUUUGAUUUGUUAACUGUUCAAGGUAUAGCUCCGGCAAUAGUCCGUGGUUGGAAUGCUGCAAGUGGCAACAUCGAAUGGGAAUGGUCAUUGAUGCCAAUUAAUGCCGAUAAAGCCGACGGUGCAUUUUGGUUCUAUUCCAACACAAUGUUGUAUCAUGUUAUUCCAGUUUGGGGUACACACUUAGAAAUCACGAGGUACUUUGCCACAUCAGGACAGUUGGCUGAUGCUUCUACAACCAAAAUAAUGGCCCCAUGGAUAAAUCAAGAGAAAUGCAUGUUAGCGGGUUCUUAUUACGUAUGCCUGGAAGGCAAUCAAUUGAUAAGCUUGAACUUGGCAUCAGCUGAAACGAAUAUUAUUAAAAAACAACUCGCAAUGGUGCCAAAAUCAACACCACGUUCUUUGAUAGGAGAGGAUGGAGUUUUGGUUAUUGAUGGAACACUGGUCAGUGUUGAUGAUUCUGUUAAUGUAUGCCCACUCUCUAAUGGUGGUAGUUAUCUUAAAGCUGCUUACAAUCAAAUUGGAGUUCUUUUGCAAGCGAAUCUUGAAAACCAUGUCCUUACAAUCAAUGCUUACAACUCAAAGACAUGUGAGAAUAUCAAGGAGUUACGAAAUGUUGUUUCUUUCCCUAGUUAUUAUGGUGAACCAACACUGCAAUCAUUCGAUUGUGUCUCUGGGCGUAAUGAUGGCAAAGGAUGUGCUUUCAUUUUGUCUACAACUGAUGAGGCUAUUCUGUCUGUCCAGCAAAAUAAAAUUCGUUGGGCUCGUGAAGAAUCAUUGGCCAAUAUUGUAGCAGUAGAAUUUAUCGAUUUACCUUUAGCCGAUGAAGAAGGGGCAAUUGAGAGUGAAAUGAAAAAUAAGCCAGAGGAAAUUGGAAUUGAGAGUGACAUUGCUGGAGCCUUCAUUCGUCGUAUAACUGGACAAAGUGCUCUAGUAAAAAGCCUUUUCCUUCAUGUCAUGGGUUUCGGUGCAACACAAACUGACACUCAAAAGGCUGGUCUUGUUCGGGAUUCCUUUGGACUGCAUAAAAUGCUUGUCGUACUGACCAAAGCAGGAAAACUUUUUGGUAUUGAUAAUAUAAGCAGCAAAAAACAUUGGAUGCAAUAUUUACCAAAGUUAGAGAAUUUCAACAAUGAACAAAAUAUGCGAUUAAUUAUACAACGGACAUCAAAACAUUUUCCAUUGCAACCAAUGUGUGCUGUUGUUGCCAAAAAUAAGGAAACUGGAAACGGAGUGGUAUAUAGUUUUAAUCCCAUCACUGGUAAGUCAACAAAGGAUGGCUUGACUUUAUUAAAUUAUGAAAUCAAACAAAUGAGCAUGCUUCGGGAAAAUGAAAACGAUUUCAUCAAAGGAAUACUGCUUCUUGAUAAACAUAAUGGUGUUCAUGUUGUUCCUUCCAAUUCAAAAGUUAUGGCCGAUGGAAUGUACAUAUUCACAGCAGAGAAAGCUUCAGCUGAACUUAAUGGAUUCCUUGUUAAAUUAAUUGGAGAUCAACUUAAAACACAACCGAUUUGGAAUGCUAGAUUAGGCGGUCACAGUGGAGAACAUCAAAUAAUUGCUGUCGCCUCUAAGAAUCCCAUUGAACGUGUACACUCACAAGGCAGAGUUUUAAAUGAUCGAUCUGUUAUGUACAAGUAUAUGAAUCCAAAUUUGGUUGCCGUUGUUACACAGGCAAUUGACAGUAUACAUAAAUAUAUAAUGAAUGUCCAUUUAAUUGAUGUUGUCUCCGGACAAGUUGUAUUCUCAAUGACGCACCGCAAAGUACGAGGCCCAUUUAAUAUUGUUCAUUCAGAGAAUUGGUUGGCCUACAGCUAUUACAAUGACAAAGUUCGACGAACUGAAAUAACUACAAUUGAACUUUAUGAAAGCAAAACUCAGGCAAACAGUUCCGUUUGGAGUUCUUUGAAUGCCCCAACUUUGCCAUUGGUCGAAAGGCAAUCUUAUAUCAUUCCAACUUCUAUUGAAACACUCAAAGAAACCAUCACCGAACGUGGAAUCACAAAUAAACAUGUCCUCCUUGGCACAUCCAGUGGUGCUAUUGUAGAGAUGCCUUGGGUUCUACUAGAUCCCCGCAGACCAGUCACAAUGCCUAAUCAACCACGCGAAGAGGGUUCUAUUCCGUAUAUCCCAGAACUACCACUUCCCACAGAAAAUAUUGUAAAUUACAAUCAGACUAUCGCAAGAAUCAGAAACAUAUUCACAGCUCCAAGUGGUUUGGAAAGUACGUGUCUCGUUGUGGCAACUGGUUUAGAUUUGUUUGUCACCCGAGUUUCACCAUCUAAAACUUUUGAUUUACUAAAAGAAGAUUUUGAUUAUUUUUUAAUCACAAUUGUCCUAAUUGCUCUGACGACUGGUUCCCUGGUGGUGAAGCAUCUAUCAGCUCGAAAAAUUUUAAAACAAGCAUGGAAAUAGGCAAUAUAUUAUAUGUAAAUUUGUUUGUGUAGGUUAAUUUAAAAAAAAUAGUCAUUUGCAUUUUCGUAUUUAAACAGAAAUAUUUUAACUUAAAUAGAUGAAUUAUAAAUUUUUGCAGUGCAUAAAUUAUAGUUAUUUCAAAUAAAAGUAUGUAUUAGGUAUGUACAAUUGUACAGCUGUACUUUUAA